UUUCAUAUAUUUACCACUCAGUUUUCGAGAAUCGUGUGUUGUUUCCUUUCAUUUCGCACUCGUAUACUUUCAUCGGAUAGAAAACGUGUUAUAUCGAUUGAUUAACAUUUUAUACGAAAUAUUUGUUAUUCGUAUAAUGAAGGAAAAAACGGAUCAAGAUGAUGAGAUACAUAUGACAACGCCUGAACUCAUAGAACAUCACGGUUAUAUAUCUGAAACUCAUUAUAUUUGGACGGAAGAUGAUUAUUGUCUAACUGUACAUAGAAUCAUAGGACCCAAAACAUCUAAUGUACAAUUGACAAAUUCCAAUGUCACAUCUAACACAGAACAAAUCGUUACUGAUAACUUAGAAAACUCUACUCUAUUGAAUUUAAACAAAUCGAUCAAUUCUGAAAAUAAUUCUUCACCUAGACCGCCAGUUAUAGUAAAUCAUGGAGUACUUUCCAGUUCUGCGGAUUGGGUUUUGCUUGGACCGCAGAAAGCUCUUGCAUAUACUCUGUGUCAAGCUGGUUAUGAUGUAUGGUUGGCAAAUGCACGUGGUAACGCGUACUCCAAGAAGCAUAAAAUCUAUACACCGAAGAACAGAGAGUUCUGGGAUUUUAGUUAUCACGAGGUAGGGUAUUAUGAUAUACCAGCGAUAAUAGAUUAUGUUUUGGAAAAAACUGCCCAUUCGGAACUGUCUUAUAUUGGCUACAGUCAAGGGACAACUGCUUUUUAUGUAAUGGGAAGCGAAAGACCUGAAUAUAAUGCCAAAGUUAAAGUAAUGGUCAGCUUAGCGCCAAUAGCUUUUUUAUAUAACCAGCAAAGUCCUUUACUCAAAUUAGUAGUGCAUUUUUAUAAUUUAGUGGAGUGGGGUUCUUUUUAUUGCAAUAUACAUCAGUGGUUCCCUUACAGUAAACUUCAAGCACGUGCAGUUAGUACGAUUAUUCGUAAUGCUCCUCCCGUAUUGACAAACACUGUUUGCAAUUGUUGGUUCCACAUAAUUGCUGGAUUUGGUAGUAAUCAACUCGACAAAAAUAUGUUUCCUCUAAUUUUUGGACACUUUCCAGCUGGUGCUUCAGCCAAACAGAUUAUUCAUUACAGUCAAGCAAUUGUAACAGGAUCAUUUAGAAAGUUUGAUUAUGGGAUUAACCAAAAUUUAAAAAGAUAUGGUUCCACUCAACCACCGAAAUAUAAUUUAAGAAAAGUUAACGUUCCAGUGGCUAUUUUUUAUGGAGAAAAUGAUUCUUUAACGCAUUAUUUGGAUGUGCAAAAAAUUAUGGACGAGUUACCUAAUGUAAUAGAGACGAAGAAAAUUGAAUAUUCGAAAUUUAAUCAUGUUGAUUUUCUAUGGGGGAGAGAUGCCAAAACACUUGUUUAUAAUAGCGUUGUAGCAGUAUUAAAACGAUUCUAAUUACACUUAUAAAUAUUAGAAUGCAUUUUGGAAAAAAUGAUUAUUAUAUAUAUAUAUAUAUGAAAAGAAUUCAUAUCCAAAUAAUAAGAAAGAUAUGCAUUUGUAAAAAGUUGAUCAAAGGACUCCGGAAAGCUCAAAGAUUAGAACAGUCAUUCAGAAAGCAGCAAAUCCGAGUUCGAGUUCCAGUUAGUCCAGUUAGUCCAAUGGCCUAAUUUUUUCGUGAAUCGUACAUAUUUAUAUAUAAUGGAUAUUAUUUAUAUAUAAUAGGUGUACAUAUAUUUAUAUCGAUAUUGUUAAUAAAUAUAUUAUAAAUAAUAUGUUCUUAUAACAAUAUUAUAAUAUCAUAGAAAGAUAUAUAAGAAACAACGUGCUUCCAUGAAGUAGUAGUACUCUUUAUAUAUAAUAUAUAAAAUUUCAUUUCCUAUGAUAUUUGUAUUAUAAUAUAAAUGUGGUA